CCUCUUUUUCUUUAGAGAUAGACAGAGAGAUGGAGACGUGACGUUCUUCGUUAGAUCUGAGGAAGGGAGAUGGGCCGCAGCUGGAUGUGAUCUGAAACUUAGAGGAAGAGCAAAGAUUAUGAGAGAUUGAAUUUUUCUCACCUUCUCUCUUUGAUACUCUUCCUCCCUCCCUGUCUGUCUGUCGCCCCUCCAGAAAAACCAUCGAAGAAAGUCUCUGAAAAUUUUGGUUGUGUUUUUCCCUUUCUUAUCUGAUCGGUUUCGUGCUGGAAGAUAUGUCGACGCAGCCAACGCCUAAAAGGGUUUAUCAAGUUUGGAAAGGAAGCAAUAAGUUCUUCUGUGGUGGGAGACUGAUAUUUGGUCCAGAUGCUGCUUCAUUACUUCUAACCAUGCUUCUAAUAUGUGGUCCAGCAGUAACAUUUUGUGGCCACAUAAUAUCAAAAAUUCAUCAGUAUAACAAGACUGAGCACCACGAUGAUCAAAGUUAUCAACCAAUGCUUGGGUUCCCAGUACUAUUUGUGACAAUAGGCAUCUUGAUAUUGGAUUUGGUUUUUCUCUUCAUGACAUCUGGUAGAGAUCCAGGUAUAGUACCAAGAAAUCUGCAACCACCAGAAGCAGAUGAAGCAUUUGAUAUGACCACUCCAUCUAUGGAAUGGAUAAGUGGGAGAACCCCACAUUUAAGAUUGCCUCGGACAAGGGAAGUUCUUGUUGAUGGUUUUCCUGUAAAAGUAAAAUACUGUGACACAUGCUUGCUUUAUCGCCCACCCCGUACCUCUCAUUGUUCUAUCUGCAACAAUUGUGUUCAAAAGUUCGACCACCAUUGUCCAUGGGUUGGUCAAUGCAUUGGACUAAGAAACUACCGGUUCUUCUUCUUAUUCAUAUCAACAUCAACAUUUCUCUGCAUAUAUGUCUUCAUCUUUUCAUGGCUGAACAUUAUUGGGGAAAAGAAAAACCAUCAUGAUUCCAUUCGGGAGUCCAUAAAAGGCGAGGUUUUGUCGCUUGUGUUCAUUGUAUACACUUUCAUUGCAGUCUGGUUUGUCGGUGGGCUCACAGUUUUUCAUCUCUAUUUAAUUAGCACAAAUCAGACAACCUAUGAAAACUUCCGAUACCGUUAUGAUAAGAAGGAGAAUCCUUAUAACAAGGGUGCCUUGGGAAACUUCAAAGAGCUGUUUUUCUCAAAAAUCCCACCUUCAAUGAAUCACUUCCGGUCACGGGUGAUUGAGGACACAGCAGAAAUUGGACCCUGUGCUCCAAAUAUUGGAAUGGACAUCACCAACCCCAUGGGCAGGAAUGACCGAGAAAUGGGAAGCAAGCCAGACAGCGACCCGCCAAUACCAAGAAUGUUGCAGAACUUGGAUUACGAUGCCAUUAAUGAAAAUUUAAACUGCAAGGAUAGGGAUCAGGAUGAUGCUGUUGAUCCUUUGGCUCUUCAUAUAAUUCAAGAACCUACAGAUCAAGAACCAAGAGAAUCUGACCAUAUCUAUGAAGAAGCAGAUGGGGCUGCUGUAAUUGAAUGGGUUGAUAAGGAAGUAAUUGAAAUGGUUGUAGAUGACAGGGUUGAUAAGGAAAGCUGCUCAAAUGGAACCUCAGCUCCUACUGAUCGUGUUGUUCAUGUGCUACAUACAUGAGGUUUGGCAAAGUCUUUCUCCAGAAGUUCAGAUACAUGUGUUAAGUUUUCAGGUGCUGAAAUGCCAGAUGUUGGACCAUGUGGAUGUGAAUAGGCUCUUAAUGUUCAAGCUUGUCAAGGUUGAUCUCCAAGUGUUGUUAUAGAUCCUGAAAAAGGAAAAAGAACAGAUUCAUUCCACUGUUCAAUUAAGUUCAAAUUGUAAACUUACAUUUGCUGUACCUAGUAAGCACCACAUAUUGUGUCCAAAAUAAUCGAGGCACCAAAACGAGAGGGAUGUUAGAUGAGGUGCUGAAAGGUGGUUUUGUUUUAUAUGUAAAGAUUGCUUUAUCACUUCUCCAGGGUCUAUUGUAUUUAUUUGGUAGUUAAGCUAGAAUUCUGUUAGUGACCAAGAUAACUACUGAUCAUAGUCUCAUUUUUGGGAAAUGGAACAUGCCAUGAGCAGAGCAGAAUG